AAUCCAUCCACUCUGAAUCCCAUCGCUCCACCAUAUUAAUUUGCAUCUCUGUGGUGUUGGCGAUGCCAUCGAGCGCCAGGGAGGAAGAUCGUAACUCACCCGUUGUGAGGAAUGCUGCUCCUCCACUGGUUGCCUCAGAAGCCAAGAUGAUUGUGGCCGUAGGCCAUGACCAUUGCCAGCAUCUGAAGGAUGUGUUGAGCAAGGAGGAUCCUUCGACCAUGGUAGUGGUGAUGGCCUCAGGCAACCAGACUCCUAAGCCGCCCAAGCCUCGCUCGCCGGUCAUUGAUUCCAGACUGCUAGCGGUGGCCUGCUCUGGUUCGUGGAAGAAACUGCAAUCAUUUCUCAGUGGGGAAGACCGUCAAAUCUCCGGCGACGGGGCCAUCGGAAGCUCUGCUAUGCAGCCAGCUUUUGGUGACGAAGAAGCACUUCUCAGGGAGUCUUUCUUGGAGGGGGUCACCAUGGACGGUGACACUUUUCUCCAUGUCCUGGCCACCAACAGUGAUGGUGAGGACUUGAAUGAAGCUGGCCUGAUCCGCAGGAAGGUAGUAAGUCUCCUCUUCACGCAAAACAACACGGAUGACACGCCCCUGCACUGUGCAGCACGGGCGGGGAAUUCCAAAUUGGUGUCUUUUCUCAUUGAUCUUGCUAGGGGCAAGGAUCAAGAUACUAGCAGAGUGAAGGAACUGCUAGAGACAGAAAACAAGAGUAAAUGGACAGUCUUGCACGAGGCUGUCCACAGUGGAAACACUGAUAUAGUCGAAUUGCUCAUGAAGGAGGAUCUAGAAUUGGCAAGUCUCCCAAAAACUGGUACUUCUCCAUUGUAUCUAGCCAUCUUACUGGAAAACAGAAUCAUGGCCAAAACACUCUACAAGUUGAGCCGCGGGAAAAGCGGGAGAAAUGACAGGAACCUUUCAUACUCUGGACCAAAUGGACAAAAUGCAUUGCAUGCUGCUGUUCUCCGAGGCAAAGAUCUCACAGAGAUGCUGUUAGGAUGGAACAUCAACCUUGCAACACAACAAGAUGAUAAUGGAAGUACAGCUCUUCACUUAGUUGCAUCUGUACUACGUCAAAGAGACCUACGAGCCAUACGUUUGCUUCUACUGAAGGCCAAUCCAGAUGCACUGUAUCAAACGGACAACAACGGAUCAUUCCCCAUACAUGUGGCUGCAUCCGUAGGUGCAACACGUACCAUCAAUGAUUUUCUGAAGGAGUCACUCAGUUGUGUUGAUUUGCGUGAUGCCAGGGGAAGGACAUUUCUUCAUGUUGCAGUUGAAAAAGGGGAAAUUUGGACAGUUGGUUCUGCCUGCAGCAACCGAUCAAUAUCAUGGAUUUUGAACAGGCAAGACAACGAUGGAGACACUGCACUGCACCUAGCUAUAAAAAAAAGGAGUCUGAGAAUGUUCUGUUCUCUGUUCGGAAAUAUAGUUGUACACUUGAAUUUAAUAAAUCAGAAAGGGGAGACUCCACUUGAUAUAGCAUGUCACAGUCUUCCUAAAGGAUGUUUUUAUCCUCAGAAUAGUGAAGUGAGAAUACACCGCACACUCAAUUUUGUUGGUGCUAAACGUGGUAUUUCUCGACAGGAUUACUGUAAAGAAAAUGAUAUUGUCCAAGAAAGGCAGGAUGAAAUGCAUGAAAUUGAUCAGGUGAAAGAGGGCACACAAAGUCUAUGUCUUGGCUCUGUCUUAAUUGCAACCGUCACAUUUGGUGCAACUUUUGCUAUGCCUGGUGGUUAUAGAGCAGAUGAUCAUACUAAUGGAGGCACACCAACACUUGCUGGAACUUAUGCUUUUGAUGCAUUCACCCUAGCAAAUGCACUUGCCUUCACUCUCUCAGCAAUGGCUACAAUAUCUUUGAUGUCAUCUGGAUCUCCAUUGGUACACCCUCGGAGCCGGACAACGCACUUAAUAAUUGCCUACUAUCUCUUGUCGACUUCCGUUACAAGCUUGGUAGCUGCCUUUGCACUUGGUACCUAUAUGAUGCUAGCUCCAGUUGCUCAUAAGAGUGCUAUUGGGGUAUGUGUCAUGAGUUCUCUCGUAUUGCUCUAUCAAAAAUUGGAAUUUGCAAUCAAGCAUAUUGCUGUAUUACCAGCACUAUGUAAGAGAAAGGGGAUAGUCCGGACGUUUAACAUGUCAGCAACCUCAAUCAUGAUCUCUUCUCUGAAGUCGUCAUUUUUAUUGACCCGUUCAAGAAUCACCAAGUACCAUGUUGCCGAUGAUGAUAUGCUGGAUGGCAGCCUCAUUGCAGAGGCUGGCCUUCAAACUUUCGAAGGGAAGGUAGACCCCUGA